UACAUAUUUACAUGUACUGCAACAAAGCGAAAACUGCAAGAAAGUCAAAGCAUAAUAUUUAUAGAGAAAUACACAGUUACAUACAUACAUACGUACGGACGUUCGUAAAAAUGCGUUACAGCCGCGUCUUUAAGACUUAACACAUUUGGUUAAACAGCUGCUGCGCAGUAGCAGUUGUCGUAGGUUUACUAAAAAACAGUAAAAACCGUAAGAGAAAACUUUUAUCGACGUCAGUCGUGCGGCAAAUGGCCAAGAGUGAAGUGCGAAGUGGUAAUGGUUUAAAUAUUUCAUAAAAACACCAUUUGUGUUGUCAAUUAUACUUAGACUGAUCAUUAAACGAAUACACUUACUAAGUGCAUUUCAACGGUGGAUUUACUGUUUUGUCCACAAAUACAAUACAAAGAUAUAUAAUUUUUUUUAAUUCAAAAAGCGAAAACGAAGACGACUAAGCAUCAUGAAAUUCGUCCUACUCCUCUGCAUCCUCAGCGCUGUGCUGAUACAAAUUCAAGCCUCUCCCGUGCAGUUGGUCGAACGUCAGGAGCGUGCGAUUGCGCGACAACAGGCCGUUAAUGAAGUCGCGCCCGCCGCUGCACCAGUGGAUGAUGAUGAUGAUGAUGAUGACGACGACGAUGAUGAUGAUGAUGACGAUGAACCCGAUCUAGGUGAUCUUGUCGACGAUGAUGACGUUGUAUUUCUUUCGGGGCUUUCAGAUGAUGACGAUGAUGAGGAGGAUGAUGAUGAUGAGGAGGAUGAUACGCCUCAAGGACAAGCGGCGCCGGCAGCCGGUGCAGCUAGCGAUGAUGAUGAGGAUGACGACGAUGACGAUUAUUUGGAUCGUUUGUUCGAUGAUAUUUUGGGCGAUGAUGAUGACGAGGACGAUGAUGAUGAAGACUCCAGCCCCGCUGUUGCCAGUGUGCCAGUUGCUGCUGCACCCGCCGCACCAGCUGCACCACUGGAAGAUCUAGCUCCCGUUGGCCAAUCGGCCAUAAGUGGCGGCAUCUCCGACGGUGUGGAUCUGCCCAUCGAAAGCGGCAAUGCUGCCGACUCUGCAGCUGCGGGAAACUCAGCUGAUGAUGCCAUCGCUGCGGCAAGCAAUAACAACGAAGGUGCCAUAACAGGUGAUGACGAGGAGGACGAUGACGAUGGCGAAGAUGAUGAUGACGACGACAUUAUCGGCGAUAACAUUAUCGAGGCAAGACGUGAAGCACGUGAGUCUAAAAAUCAAUCAGCCACUAAGAAACACGUAGCAACAGCUAAGGCCAAAAAAUCGACAAGUGCUUUGAAGAGCAAAAAAGCGCUCAAACAAUAGAUGUGCAAGUGAACCAAUGAAAAUGACUAAAAACAAUUUAAAUUAAAUUUAAUUAAUCAGGAAAUAAAU